UGGUUCUUUUUUAAUUCUUCAACCUCAGGAGGAUAUUCUUUUAUAAUAUCUGGUUCUUUUUUGAUUUUAGGAAUCUCUAUUACAUCUUCUUUUUUGAUUUCAGGCUCUAAUUCAUAAAACUCUCGAAGCUCUGCUACUUUCUCUGGAUCAUAUUCAUAUUCAAUAACUCGUUCAAUAUCUGGUUUGAUAUCUGGCCUGAUAUCUGGUUUAAUAUCAGGUUUAAUAUCUGGUGGCUCAUAAAUUCUUUUAUCAAUAAUUGGUUUUUCACUUGGAGGAAGAUCUUUCUUUAAAAUCCAUGGUGCUUCAGUAGCUAGAAAUUGUGUUAAUUAUUUUGAAGAGCAAAAAUAAAUAAAAAUAUUUCAAAUAAAGAACGACGAACAUAAGCUAUACCUAUUUUUUUUAGUUGAUUCUUUACCAAAGGACACCAUGGUUUGCAUGCAGGCAUUUAGAUUAAUUUCAUAAAAAUCUUUAAAAUCGUUUUAAAGAUUUACAAUAAUUCUAUCAAACCUUCCAUAAUAAAAAUUUUGAUCGAAAAAUCGAUCUUGCUGGUUAUUUGACGGUUUGCUAUAUCAUUAAUGGUUGACAAAUGAUUUUCGUGUAUUCAAUUAUCCCAUUGCUCUCUCUCUCUGAAUACCAUACAAUACCAUACAAUAUUCGAAUAGAAAAAUAUUUUUGAUAUAAAUUGGUAUUUUAUACCAUCGAAAGAAAAUUGUGAAAUGAAUAUUUGUGAAAAAGAAUGUUUAAAUGAGAUAUCUGAGACAAGUUCGGUUACUGAUUCAAUAUUAAAUAAUUUUAAUAAUUGCGACUGUUCGAAAUAUUUUAAGAGAAAAAAGGAAAAGAAAAUCAUUAUCCAAGAAAAAAAUGAUCUGUUGCCUUCGAAUUAUCUCGAUCAAACAAUAUUUUGUUUGUUAAUACCUGCAUUGGAAGAAACACUUAUGGAGGCAUCUAAACAAAAUAUUCUUCGAGUACAAAAAUGUCGUUUUAAUGGUCUCGAUCAUAUCGCAGAGAUUCUAUGGAAUCGUAAUCCACGUCGUUCGAAAACAUUUUCACCUCCUCUAAAUGUAUUUCAAAUUCCCUCAUUUAAAAAUUAUUUGCGUCUUAAUCCUAGGCCAUAUUAUCCAAAAUCUUGGUUAUGGUCCGAGGAUAAAGCGGCAUUAUACAUACAAAGAUAUGUUCGUGGUUGGCUUGUAAGAAAACGCACGGAUAUUCAAGAAAUGAGACAAUUUUGGAAGGAUAUUGCGACGAAGAAUCUCUUUAAGAAAAAGGAAAAUGAUAUUUUGCAAUCUCAAAAAUUUUUAAGUACGUUUUAUUUGAAAUUUAUAUCAAUAAUCAUAUGAUUAUUAAUAUAAUAUUAAGAUUUUGUGUAUCUUUUGCAUCUUUACAGAUAUUUCACAAGAUGAACGCGAAGCUUUAAUUAAAUGUGAAAAAUAUCAAUCAAUAGCA